UCCCUCUUCGGGAGGCUCCCGGUCGCUUUCGCGCCUUUGCCGAGCCGCUUUCCCCGCCAGUCUCGAGGCUGGGCCGGCGCUGAGGGGGAAGCGGGAGCCCGGCAUGCGGAGUCUCCCGUCACACCAUGAGAUACAGCCGGCGGAGGUGCCACAACAGCAGAGACACCGCCGCUAGCAGCAGCAGCCCCGGUCGAGAAGUGGAGCCGCAGCCGCCUUCUCCCGCCGCUUUGGCGUGCGCCACGAAGACUUGGUCCGGAGACCUCUGGCACGAGUGGAAGAGCAGCAGAGGCGACGGCCCCGGGGAAAGUGGCCGUCGUAGCAAGGUCUGCAGCGGCGGCAACCCGCGCGCACAGGUCGCCACCGCGGACAGCAGCAGCAGCAGCUGCGACAGCAGCAGCAGCAGCAUCUGGCGCGUGCUGGCUGCGCGCGCCCACCUCUCCCAGUACAGGCACUUCAGGAAAAGCUGCUUAGACAAUCUAAUGGAUGAGGAUGAAAAAGACAGGGCAAAGAGGGCUUCACGUAACAAGUCUGAGAAGAAGAGGCGUGACCAGUUCAAUAUCCUUAUCAAGGAGCUCAGCUCAAUGCUUCCAGGAAACACCCGCAAAAUGGACAAAACUACAGUACUUGAAAAAGUCAUUGGCUUUCUUCAGAAACACAGUGAAUUCUCGACACAAACAGAGAUUUGUAACACUCAGCAGGAGUGGAAGCCUUCCUUUCUCAGCAACGAAGAAUUCACCCAGCUGAUGUUAGAGGCAAUAGAUGGAUUUGUAAUAGCUGUUACAACAGAUGGAAGCAUUGUGUAUGUUUCUGACAGUAUCACACCUCUUCUUGGACAUUUACCCUCUGACGUGAUGGAUCAGAACCUGUUGAAUUUCCUCCCAGAGCAAGAACAUUCAGACAUUUAUAAAAUAUUAUCAUCUCACAUGCUACUGAUGGAUAGUGUCUCAUCAGAGUACUUAAAAUCUGACGAAGAUUUGGAAUUUUGCUGUCAUCUUCUGAGGGGAAGUCUGAACCCAAAGGAAUUUCCAACAUAUGAAUAUAUAAAAUUUGUAGGGAACUUUCUGUCUUACAGUCAUGUGCCUAUAUCUGCUUGUAAUGGCUUUGAUGGUGCUGUUCCAAGAGGUUACAGAACACCACUAGGAAAACAAGUCUGCUUUGUCGCUACUGUUCGACUGGCAACACCUCAGUUUCUAAAGGAAAUGUGCAUCGUUGAAGAACCUUUAGAGGAAUUCACUUCAAGACACAGUUUGGAGUGGAAAUUUUUGUUUCUGGAUCCCAGAGCACCACCGAUUAUAGGAUAUUUGCCUUUUGAAGUGCUGGGUACUUCUGGAUACGAUUACUAUCAUAUAGAUGACCUACAGCUCUUGGCACGGUGCCACGAACACUUGAUGCAGUUUGGCAAAGGGAAGUCUUGCUGCUACCGGUUUCUGACCAAAGGACAGCAGUGGAUCUGGCUGCAAACACAUUACUAUAUCACCUAUCACCAGUGGAACUCCAAACCAGAAUUCAUCGUAUGCACCCACACGGUUGUGAGUUAUGCAGAUGUUCGAGUGGAAAGGCGACGGAAUAUGAUUUUGGAAAAUGCACCUUCAGAGAUAAUCUCUUCAGUACUAAAGGACAGUGGAUCAGAACUGGAUCCUCAACAGCACUUUAACGCACUUGAAUUAGGCACGUCAAUCCUCAACACCAGUCGGACUCUUUCUGUAUCCUCUCAGGGCUCACACAAAUCUUUGCCUACAUCCUUGCCUGACACAGCAUCCACAAGAACAAAGCUCAUCCCAGAGUCUCCCUCCCUGCAAAGAAGUCCUACUAUGCAGGAGGACUUGCAGAGAUCUAGCCAACCUGCCGCUGCUCAGCUCUCAUCCCAGUUUAACAUGUUCCAAACGAUCAAAGACCAGCUUGAGCAGAGGACACGAAUACUGCAAGCCAAUAUUCAGUGGCAGCAGGAAGAGCUGCAGAAAAUCCAGGAGCAGCUGUGCAUCGUGCAGGAUUCCAACAUACAGAUGUUUUUACAGCAGCCAACAGCAUCUCUGAAUUUCAGCGGCAUGCAGCAGCCAGAACCUCAGGAGAAGCCAGCGGUUGAGUCUCAGCAGCAAGUUAUGUUGAGGCCUCCGAGGCCUCGUCUCCAAGGGCAGAUUGCGGCUCCUCAAGCAACAGACCAUCAAAUGUUAGGAGAAGAAAAUGUGUUAUCAAACCAGGAUCAUAAAUCAGCAAGAGCCUCACAAGGAAUGCAGGAUAGCUGUCAAACUUCCAGAAGCUUAACCUCACAGUUUAGCAAUGCCUCUGUGCUCCCACAGUCUUUGAGCAGAGCUCCACCUGAUGCCAUUCUACAGGAUAACAGCCACCAGCAGAGCACUCCAGAUUUCAGUAAUGAUCGACAACUGAGACUGUUACUCAGUCAGCCUAUUCAGCCAAUGAUGCCUGGUUCCUGCCAUGCGAGGCAGACAACAGAUGUUGAUGUGACUGGACACGAAGCUAAAUACUUUCAAAGCCUACAAGCGUUCCAAAGUUUGGAAGAGCAAACCUCUGGAAGCAGUACAGCUGUAGUGCUGAUGGGACAAGCAGUGUUGCAUCCUGGGUUCUCUGCAGCACAGCCAUCUCAGGCUCCAACUUUGCAACCUAUGCAUCAGCAACAGCAGCAACAAUGCUACCUUCAGGUAGAGUCUGCAGGACCUUUGCACAGUGAGCAGGCAGAUUCUUUGCUCUUGCCUUCCUACCCUCGACAGGAAGAAAGCGUAGAGUACCAUCAUAUGCAGUCACAGCAACAGCAACAACAACCUGCUGCCAGGAGGACUGUUGGUUUGCCUGAAUCCUCAAACAGGCAACAACAUCUGCAGUAACAAUCAGUACACAUUUAGCUUUAUUGAAUCGUGGGUGACUGGGCAGGAGGGAAGCCAGCAUUUGCAUAUGUGUUCAUUUCAGAGUUUUGUGAUGUAAAGAGAUUACCAAGCACAGACCUUGGUGGAUAGUGCAAUAGGAAAGGAACGGGAAUUAUUUUGCAGAUGUUUGCACUAUUUUGUGACUACAUUAUGUAUGUUAAUACUAAUACAUACCAUCAUGUGCAAACUGGUAUGUGUUGGUAGACGAUUCUUUUGACUAUUUUGACCAGAAAGUGUUCUGGCUAUUCCAAAAAAAA